AUGACUACUGCUAAGGCUGACCUCUCAGAGUUCGAGCAAAAAUUGGUGGACAAGGCUGUGGAAGCAAUGGAAAGAGCUUACUGCAAGUACAGCAACUUUAAAGUGGGAGCAGCUCUGGUCUGUGAGGACGGCGAAAUUAUCAUCGGAGCCAACCAUGAAAAUGCGUCAUACGGAGCAACCAUUUGUGCGGAAAGGAGCGCAGUGGUUACAGCACUGACUAAGGGACACAGGAAAUUCAAAAUGAUUGCGAUAGCUACCGAAUUGGAGGAACCAUGCUCUCCAUGUGGAAUCUGCCGGCAGUUUCUGAUUGAAUUCGGAGACUACAAGGUCAUUCUGGGAUCCUCGACAAGCGACCAAAUCAUCGAGACCACUUCCUAUGGGCUUUUGCCAUAUGCGUUCACACCGAAAUCGUUGGAUGACCAUGAGAAGGAGACUGAGGAGAGACAUCAUCAAUCGGAAACCAAGAAUGGACAUUAA